CCAGAGUGCUGCAACGUUGAGCUACUAGAGGCAAGAAACGCUAACCAAUCAAACUUAGACACUCAGCAAUCAUGUCUGACAAGCCAAACAUGGAUGAGGUCACCAGCUUCGACAAGACCAAGCUGAAGAAGACCGAGACCCAGGAGAAAAAUCCACUGCCUUCUAAAGAAACCAUCGAACAGGAGAAGCAGGCAGCAUCGUGAAGAUGGAAAAGGCAUCAUGCACUGUGCACCCCCCUUCCCUGCAUUGCCUUCUAUUCAUUCACUUCUUUUAGCUGUAUAACUUUUGGAACCGAAAUGUAAAAAAAAAAGAAAAGAAAAAAAAAGAAAGGAAAAAAAAAAAGCUGCAUCACUGUCUGAUGGGAUGAUCAAAACCCAGCCCUGGUCCCUUACCCCACCCCACGACCAACUUCAGGGUCCCUUACCCCACCCCAUGACCAACUUCAGGGGUCGGGGAGACCCCUUGUCAAACCCAUCAAAGAGAGAGCGGAGAGCGCCCCUGGAAACCAGGAGCCGGAGCAGAACGGAAGGUUCUGGAAACCUAGGUGUGCUUCCCAGCAUUCUCAGGUUCAAGCCUUCAAAUUAACAGCGCAAGACAAGGAGCAAAGAUGGCGGGGAGGGGGGGGGGGGGGGGGUGGGGCGUGGCCUUGGAACGUGGACACCCAAAUUUUCAUCAAACCGAUUGAGGCUUGGCAUUCGUCGACGAGUGACCAGCUCACAAAAUGAGGCGUUGUAUUUUUUUUUUCUUUAAAUUUCGAUUUUAGGAUAAAGUGCACAAUCUUUGGUUUUUAUAUGUGGGUAAAUAAUUAACACCUCCUCAUUAGUGCUGCUUCAAUGCUUUCUUGUAGCAAAAACAGAGAAUGAGAUAAAAAGGAAUCCAUCUAGAAAUGAGGGAACACUCCAAUGGACUGUGCUAUUUUUUUAAAUAACGUGAUUGUGCUUUUUUUAUCAGUGUGGUUUUGGGGUAGCUUUUGUGUUGCACCCUGUCUCAGUUGUCUUACUGUAUGGAAGAAAUUGUUUCUCGAAAUGAUUUCCAUGUGGUCGCUUCCAGCUGUAGAUCAAAUUGUUCUUUUGGGUUUUUGUAAAGAUUCAGCUACCAUGUUAUUUUGCCACAAACCAUUAUAUCAAUAAUGGAAACAGAAAAUGUUGUAAUAAAAAAAACCUUUGGUAUCA